AUGGAUGAUACAAAUUCUUUACGUGUCGGCAGGCUGAAGUGCAACUACGUCUUAGAAGACGAUUCCUUACUGGCCAAUGAACAGCCUCAGUUCGACGUGAUACUGUGCCUCAGCAUGACCAAAUGGAUUCAUCUGAAUUGGGGCGACGCGGGGAUCAAGCAGGCAUUCAGAAGGAUGUACGCUCAACUAAGGCCCGGAGGAAAGCUCAUCUUGGAGCCACAGGAUUUUCCGUUACCAUAG